GUUGGUCCUUUGUCUAUCUGGAAUAUUAUUGCCAUUACUACAGCUUGGAUCAAAGGAGAAGGAGUGACGAUAUGGCUUCUUGCCCUUAUUUACUUCAUAGCUGGUGUCCCAGGAGGCUAUGUCUUAUGGUAUCGUCCCCUCUACCGUGCCUUCAGAACUGACAGUGCAUUGAGCUUUGGAUGGUUUUUCAUGUUCUAUAUGCUCCACAUUGCUUUCUGUGUCUUUGCUGCGGUUGCUCCACCUGUUGUCUUCAAAGGAAAAUCUCUUGCUGGGAUCUUACCUGCAGUAGAUGUCUUAAGCGGUAAUACAUUGGUUGGGAUAUUCUACUUCAUUGGGUUUGGGUUUUUCUGCCUCGAAUCAGUGGUCAGCAUCUGGGUUAUUCAGCAAGUAUAUAUGUACUUCCGAGGCAGUGGGAAACAAGAUGAACUGAGACGAGAAGCAGCGAGAGGAGCCCUGAGAGCCGCCGUAUGAGACAGCUUUAUGUAGCAUUUUGGCUUGUGUAUGAAAUCUUCACUGUUUUUUUUUUUUCAGAUUCUGAACUUUGUUUUGUAAGCAAUAGCAAAAGAAAAGAUUCUAUUUUUGUUUAUACUGUCAUGUAAAUCGGUGUUAUAUUCAAAAAGUCAAGAGUUCAACUUCAAAUUCA